GUUUUUCUUUUUGAAACUUCUUUCAUUGGGGUUUCCAGUCAUUCUUUUCUGGUGCCAGUAUCAUAUUCAGUCAUUACCAUGUCUCCUAUCAAUUUGGUUCUCAGAACCGCUUUCAUUCUUUCUUCUAUAUCCACUUCUUUUGCUGCAGUCUGCAAUGACCAGACUAGAGCUUCUGGGGAUCCUUCCGGAGAGGAAUUGGCCAAGUUCUUCGAUUCCGAAGAUAAAGUCUCCCAAUUUUGCUCGGCUGAUGUAUCAGGAAAGGCUUCAGGAAGUGUUAGCUUCUCAGGCUUAAAGAUCUCUUUUGAGCGCAGUGAUAGCUCCAACCCAUCCUUGGAGCAUUGCACGGAAGCACUCCAGGAUAUCAUGUCCCAAUGCAUUGAGCCUUCUAACCCAGGAACCUAUGGAGGAAGCUCAACAUUCGACAAUGGAGAAAUAUACACAAUCAGCAACGACUUAUAUCCUCAAGCACCCACGAUCUCUGUAAAUCUAGAGAACCGAGCAGUGGAGGACGCUGCAAAACCAAAGCCUAAGAAGACUACUUUAAAGCAGACUACUAAAGCAACUGUCACAACAAGCCCAAAAAAGACUGUGGCACAAGCAACCACUAGUCCAAAAACUACCGCAACUACUCCAAAGCCAACUCCGACUCCCGUGUCUACGAGUCCGAAGACUACACAAACUACCCCCACUACAUCGAAAUCAUCGACUAUCAAGACAAGUAGUGUAUCUUCAGAAACUCCAAAAACGACAUCAACUUCCACUAGUUCCAAAACUACUCCACUUACCCCAACUACAUCAAAAUCGUCCACAUCCACCAUUAAAACAAGUAUAGCUUCCGAAACUCCCAAAACAACAUCCGUAGCCACGAGUUCAAAACCUCUAGUGACCACCCCAACGCAAUCUCAAUCACCAACUGCUAACACGAGCCCAUCCUCUGCAACUCCCAAAACAACUUCGGUAGCCACUCCUUCGAAGUCUACCACUUUCAGUAGCCUUUCAACAAAGAGCUCUUCCUCGACCAGUCUAACCAGUCUAUCUUCCGAAAGUCCCAAAACAACUUCCGUAUCUACGAGUUCGAGACCUCUAAUAACCACUUCGAUAACAUCCCAACCACCGACUGCGAACACGAGCCCCUCUUCAGAACCCCCCCAGACAAUGUCAAAGUCCACAAUUUCCAGCGUCAUCUCCUCCAAGACUUCUUCUUCGAGUAGUCUCUCCUCAAGUCAAACUUCAACAAAGGAAAGUGGUACUAGCACUAGCAGCAGUAGUAGCACUAACUCGAACUCUCAAUCUCACUCUUCCACUCCAACAUCUCUAUCCAGUCUCUCAUCCCUUUCCUUAACCAAAGUGACUUCCAUCAACAACCCCACCAUCACACCCGGCGCUUCCACUCCAAGCCUUGAGCCAUCCUCCCACGUCCCCGAGCCAACCAAUACUCUCUCACAAUCCACCACAAAACCCAUCUCACUAGAAACCUCCUCGCAGAAAAGUGUAUCGCAAAUCAAUUCUUUAUCUAGCAGCAGCGGUAUCCACACAUCUGGUCUCUCAUCUACCUCCCGUCUGACCAGUUCCCUCUCAAGCGGAACAAAAAGCCCCACCUUCACCUUCACCCCCAAUGCCCUCGAACCGACUCCCGCCUCAUCCCCAGAAUCCCUCUCAGCAACCAAGUCAAGCAUAUCUCCAGAAUCCAGCGAAACAAAGCCCGCUAGCCCAUCCACCCCGGCAGCAAUAUCAGAACUCCCUAGUACUGCGCAGGUCCAGUCAUCAUCUGCAAUCAAAACAUCUUCUAUUUCCUCCCUCUCUUCCAGUUCAAUCCCCGAAAUAACACCCGGACCCAUAACCCUCAGUUCUUCAGCCAUCAUCUCCUCAGCUCUUGACGAAUCAACCAAUUCCGCUGCGCAUUCUAGUAAUAUUAUUGAGAGCAAUACAAUUCCCGCAUCGAUAAUCACCUCUAAAGUUUCGAGUGAAUCGCUAGCGUCUUCUUCAAAGCCCGAAAUCACACCUCCUCCCUCUCCUUCAUCUAUUUUGACCUCUGGAACCGUCCCAUCUACUUCAGCAUCCGAAUUGGCUUCGCAAGCAAUCUCGACCGAAUCUCAUGUAUCUCCCGGACAAUCCGAAAUUACUCCUUCUCCUUCUCCCUCUACCCCCACAUCCCAAGUAAUUUCUACCGGUUCUCUCACAUCUUCCAUCCAGCCCGAAAUCACACCACCUUCCUCGGAAUCUUCGGUUCCCGGAACCAUCUCUUCAACUAUUGUCUCCGAGCCAAUAACCAAAAGUACUUCCGCGGAAGCCCUCACAUCUUCCGCCGAACCCGAAAUCACACCCUCCCCCUCCAAGCCAUUAUCUUCAGCCGCCACUCCUUCAUCUCUUAUAUCCGAAGCAGUUCCUCAAAGUAUUUCAACCGGUUCCCUUACAUCUUCAAUUCAACCCGAAAUCACUCCUGCUCCUUCCAACCCAUCCACUUCUGAAAUUAUUCCAUCGAUUUCAGAAUCCGGAGUGACUUCGCACGCUAUUUCUACAGGAUCUCUCACCUCUUCCGUAGAGCCUGAGAUUACUCCAUCUCCAUCUCCAUCUCCAUCGGAAACAACUGAGCCAUCCCAGCCAGCCGAAUCACCCGAUCCAGUCGAAACCCCCGAACCAGCUGAAUCACCCAACCCGAUUGAAACAUCCCAACCAGACACUACAGAAAGCAGUCCAACCGAAACUGACAUUGCUUCAUCAACGUCAGCUCCCUCAUCCACAUCAAUCUCUUCAUCCCCAGCUUGUACAGCCACCACAGGAGGAAAUUGCUCUACAUGUUAUCAAUACUCCGGUUCUGGGGAUAUCUCACCCUCUCUCUCCAACGAUACUACUUUGCAAUCUCGCAAACUGCCACCAUCGAUUGCCGGUCGCAUAUCCACUACUAAUCUAUACCCCAAGAUAUCGAAACGAGCCACAGGAUCAUUUACUUCGUUUGAUGCGGCCAAUUCGUGUGUUUUUGGGUCGGUGGAUGUUCCUUCUAUUCCUGAUGCAUCCACUUUGGUCAGCAAAGCAGGCAUUCGAACAGAAUACUGGUAUAUUUUACAAGAUACGCCUGUGAACACAACGACCUGCCCUACACUUGGCUUUACAAAGGUUACCGAUGGAGCGCUUGCUUCUCAAUUGAUAAAUUCAAAUGCGGUUGGGUAUGCAAAGGCUGGAUCUGGAAUUAGUUGGAAAGCGAAUGCUCCGACCGUUGACGUAGAUAGUGUUUAUGAUUCAAGAAUUCUGCAAGACUUCUUCGCAAGUAGGAUUAACAGCAACAACUGUGCAGCUUUCAAGGCUAUCUUUGAUCAGCCAGACAUUGAAAAUGCAGGAAAAUCUAGGUUACAGACUAUUUGGAAUGCACUUCCCAGUGAUACCAAUCCCGACUAUGCUGGAAUAGAUCAAAAGAUAAGCACCGUCAAAGCACAAGCUUUUACAGGUGAAUUGCAACAAAGUUAUACCAGUAACGAUGAGAAGUUAGCAUACAUUUCCGAAGUAGCCGUGGCAAUGGCCAUAACCAACGACGAUGCCAUCGCCAAUCUUUUCCAAAGCACCAAUCUUCGUAUUUACAAGGCACUACUUGAUAUCGAUGCGGUUAUUGGUGCUGGUGCCGUCACUAGAGCUACCAAUAGUACCACCAUCACUGGAAAUAAAGCAGACUGGGCAUCAAGCUACCGCACCUACCUCACCAACCUCCUAACCUCCCGCUCCUCGACCAUUCUCUCCCAAGUCUCGAGCUACCUUGAUAAUGAUCUUGGACCCGCCGCCAGAAACAAUAAUGUUACGCUUUCAGAUGGAACUGUAUCGACCACUGAAAAUUCCAUUGGAAAGGGCGUUGACGCGUUCCUAAAUGCAUAUCCUCUGGCUACCGCUUUUACAUUUAAUCAGGCCAAAUUAUUAGGAUUUCCCAGUGUGUAGGUAAAGUAUGCAGGAUGAAUUCGAAAGGGAAGAAAGAGUAAAAGAGGAUAGAGAAAGUCUGUUAAAGAUUGUAGCUUGCUAUUGGUGAUGUAUGUUUGAUUGUCCAUUUUUGGAAAAUCGUCCCUUUGAUUGAUUGAGUUAGUUA